GCCUAUUACUGGGCCUGAUGGGCUUAAGAGGAUGUUUGUUUUGAGAGUUUUCGCUAUCCUCAUCUUGGAUCCGCCAAGUAAUGUUUCCAAACAAAAGACGGAGGACGAUCUCAAACCCGCGGGAAGCAACGGGGAGAUUUGGCGGGAGUGGCACGUGGCAUAUGCCCACGUCAGAUCCAGCUCGGAUUUCCCGCCAUUCAUAAAACCAAAAACCCUUCGUCUUCAUCUUCUUCCUCGCGCCGUCUCUCUCUCUCUCACAUACACACACACGCAAAAAGAGUGGACAUGAGCGCGCCGGGUUCUUCUCGAUCUAUUCCUUUUCGAUCGAAGAAACGGCUGAUGGAUUCUCCCUGUCCGAAGGCUGAGCGGAGAAACCCUAAUUCCCCGUCCAUGGAUGUACCCACGCCGGAGAAGCCGCCAGAAAGCAUGCUCACACGAUCGAAAAACCGAGGUGUCGCUCUCUCCGUGAAAGAGAUUCGCCAAGCCGCUAAUUCCCGUCGCAGGUCUGAGGAUCCGAACGGGGAGACCAGAUCCGUUAAGAACAAGCUUGUGUUUUCGCCCGACGAUUCCUCGUCCUCGUUGCCCUUUAAAGUGAAAAUUGCUACGAUGAAUGCGGAGAAGGAAAAAUUGCCGGAGAAGUACGAGAUUCUGAUUGAGUUCUUCGAUGGAAUGGAUAACGCGAUCCGAUUAUCGAAAUUGAAGAGUUCGAUGCCAACAUUUUCCAACAUUUCUGCGAAAAUUGAGUAUUUAACUGAGAGGAGGUUUUUGUACAGCCACUUGGCUCAGCUAAAGCACAUCUUGCCAGAGGCUAUCGAGGUUAAGAGAGUUUUGAUGCUCGACGAGAAAACUAGCUGCAUGAAACCCGACCUUCAUGUCACUAUCAACCCCGGCACCAUACCUUGUGCCGAAAAGUCUAAAUCAGAAAGCAAACACAGCAGCCUCCGGACAAUUUUCCGUGCAAGACUUGCAGAUUUUGUUAAAGCUCACCCUCAGGGCGAGGAAGUUCCAGAAGAACCGUUGCCCGAAUUAUUUAACAGAAAGAAAGAAAGUGAAGGUUCAUCCUUGCUCGGAAAGCAUGCAUCUUCGAAUCUUUCUUGGUCUUCCCAGAAGAACUACAGAAUGGCCUCUGAUGAGAAAACCAUAUCUGCAUCUGCAUUAUCUCCAGGAAACUUGUCUGCUAACGUAUCUAGUAACGAGACAUCGGGAUCUUACAUUUCAACGGUUAAACCAUUGGAAGUUAAUUCUUCCAGUGAAGAAAUGGCUUCAACUCCGGCUAAAACAACAUUUCAGGCUCAAGCCACUUCAACUCCACUUAAACCGGUUCCAACACCGGCUAAAGCAGAUUCAACCUCAGUAGUUUCGACACCGGCUAAAGUUGCAUCAACACCGGCUAAAGUUGUGUCGACUCCUCCCGAACUUGCUUCAACUCCUGCCCGGUUGACCAGUGCCUUGCUAGCAGCACAGCCACUGAAAGGAAGUAGUGGUCAUGCCGGACUUUAUGAUGCUUCUGCUAACCCUCCGAAUAAGCUCAUGAGGCGCCCAUCAGCAUUAAGGCCACUGAAUUUUGAACCCUUUACGGAGGAUAAGAAAGCUGUGGAAGUAGCAGAUGAUGAAGUCACUAAUGAAGCAUCAGAGGAAGGUACAUCCAGCGACGAUGAUAUCCUCAGUAUUCUUCCCGAGACCCUUUUACAAUCAAUUCGAGAACAAGAGAAGAAGGCAAUAGAAGAUCAAGAUCCAGCAAUCUCACAGGCGAAAAGACGUUGUAAAAUGAUCGCAUGCCUGCCUAAACUGUUCGAUGUCACUCAUUUCUUAUUCCAGUCAAUAAGGCGGUCAGUUAUCACGAAAGAGGAACUUGUGCACAAGAUUAUCGCGGGCCAUUCUGAUAUUUGCGACAGAAGAGAGGUGGAGGAACAACUAAACCUAAUGCUAGAGCUCCUACCCGAAUGGAUCACUGAGAAAAGAUCCUUCAGUGGAGAUCUUCUAAUAUGCAUAAAUAAGACGGCAUCCCCUGAAGCCAUUCGGGCCCGUCUGGAAGAAGAAAACAAGCAAGGAAUGGCUCCAGUUUCUUGAUAUCACAGAAGAAACCAUGGAGGCUUGCAAAAGUUUGAGGCUUUUGCCUUCGGGAAACCUACGAAUACGAUGAACCUCUAGACGGGCAGUUCUUGUAACGAAUUAUUCCGCCAUGGAAGAAAGCUACGACACUAAAGAUGGUCGUGACCCAUUUUGUAAUGAAGUCUGCUUAUUUAGCUCAAUUCUAUCUGCAGAUCAAGGCACCAAAGACCUUCGUUAUGCACGUAAACAUGAGCUAAUGUAUGUAUAUCUAUACGAUGAGCACAAACCCAUUUUCUUUAUUUUGCAGGCUUUGUUCUUGGUGGUUUGUGUUUAAUCAUAUUAAUAUACGCUAGCUAAAGUUACGGGUUUGUUAUUACAUAAAGUACGUUCAUGAUAUUGAGGUUUAA